GGCGAGCAGGGCGCUGUGGGGCAGCAGGCGAGCAGGGCGCUGUGUGGGCAGCAGGCGAGCAGGGCGCUGUGUGGGCAGCAGGCGAGCAGGGCGCUGUGUGGGCAGCAGGCGAGCAGGGCGCUGUGUGGGCAGCAGGGUCCGCGUUACCCUCCAGAGUUUCGUCCCAGACGGAGUCGCAGUUCGGAGCGCGUGGCGCGUGCGUUGGAGUAGGAGGGCUGUGGGGGGUGACACACAGAGAGAGAGGGAGAGGAGGGAGAGGAGUCGCGGUCACCCCGCGGUGUCUCCUCGCCUCGGGGGAGAGGGGAGGGAGGAGGGAUCGAGCUGCGGCGAGACGAGGAGGAGGAGAAGGAGAAGGAGAGCCCCCAGGCACGCACAGCGCCUGCCAUGGCUGCUGCUGCCGCUGCUGCGCUGCAGCUGCUGGCGGCUCUGUCGCUGCUGCUGCUGGCGGCGGCGACUGUGGAGGCGGUGCACCCCGACUCAGUGUUCGUGGACCCGCGACGGGCGGCGCUCGUGCUGCGACGCACGCGCAGGAAGAACAGCGACUUCGAGGAGCUGCGUCCCGGAUCGAUCGAGCGCGAGUGUCGCGAGGAGACUUGCUCCUUCGAGGAGGCGAAGGAGGCGGUGGGGCAAGAGCAGGCGAAAAUAUUCUGGGCCCGAUAUCGCCUAAGCCAAGGCGGCUUUCAGGGGCGCGCCCCGGCCCCGCGGGUCACCCCGUGCCGACCCAACCCCUGCAAGAACGGCGGCCGCUGCUUGGAGCUGCGCUCGGCCGCCCGCUGCGUCUGCGCCGAGGGCUGGGAGGGAGACACCUGCCACGUCGAAAUCCGGUCGUGCGAGCGGAACAACGGCGGCUGUGAGCACUACUGCGAGGCGAGUCGCAUCUACCGCCUCGUGUGCCACUGCGCUCGUGGAUACCAACUCAGCGACAACGGCUUCAGCUGUGACCAGAUCGACUUGGGCGCUUGCGGGAGGACGGUCAUGGACCAGACGGGGCGAUCGCUGGGAGGGGACAGCGACGUCUGGGAACCCGACCGCUUGGUCACCGCCGAUGCCACCGCCGAUGUCACCGCCGAUGCCACCGCCAAUGCCACCGCUGCCACCAACUCCUCCGCCUUCCCGUCGCCUCCCGAGCGGAUCGCGCCGCCGCCGCCGCAGCCCCCCACAGAGCAGGGGAGCGAAGCCCUGGCCGGUGGGGGGGCCCGACCGAUGGAAGGGGGGCCCCCCCCGACGGUGGAACCGGAAGCGCAAGCCGCGUCCACCGUGAUACCUGACGUCAUGAGGAUCGUGGGAGGGUACAUUUGCCCGCGUGGGCACUGCCCUUGGCAGGUGCUGCUCACGGACCGGCGCGGCACCGGCUUCUGCGGCGGGACGCUGGUGUCGGCGCGCUGGGUGGUGACGGCGGCGCACUGCGCUCGCUACACCAAGCAAAUCCUCGUCCGCAUCGGCGAGCACGACGUGCGGCUGACCGAGGGCUCCGAGCAGAACCUGCCGGCCAACCUUAUCGUGCCGCACCCCAACUUCGACAGCGACACCUUCGACAACGACCUCGCUCUCCUGCGGCUCAACUCGUCGGCGCGCCUCGACCGCUACGCCGUGCCCGCGUGCCUGCCCGACCGCCGGCUCGCGGAGCUGCUUACCCAGCCCGGCACGCUGGGCGUCGUUUCGGGAUGGGGCCGCGAGCAGGAGCACGGCCGCAACUCGCGCUACCUGCAGUGGGUCGGACUGCCGGUGGUGCCCACGGCCACGUGCACUCAGUCCACGGAGCAGAAAGUGACGCAGAACAUGUUCUGCGCGGGCUACGCCGCGGGGAGGCAGGACGCGUGCAAGGGCGACAGCGGGGGUCCCUACAUGAGCCGGCGGCUCGACACGUGGUUCCUCACCGGCGUCACGAGCUGGGGCGAGGGCUGUGCCCAACGGGGGAAGUACGGGGCCUUCACCCGCCUCGCCAACUUCAUCGACUGGAUUGACGCCACCAUGCGCGAGAACACAUCGUAACGGGCCCACGGAGAGUCCCGGCGUGUGCGUCCGCCAAGCUUUAGCGCGUAGGUUGGUUUUCAUCAUAAUGUUUCAUGGGUUAGAUCGCGUAAGUUUCACUGUGUCGUAACCGUCCACCACCCGACACUGCAAGUCAGAUUUGUCACGUAAACAAAGCGCCAAUUAGUUACUACUUCGGCACACCGGUGUGUUGGGGAGU